AUGGCAGUGAAUGGCAGACUCGAUGUUAUUUUCACAGAGCUGUCCAUGCUAGGCUGGGCCGCCGGAAACGCUGGACCCGCCGGAAACCACUGGAACCGCCGGAAACUGAUGGAACCGCUAGACCUGCCAUCUGAUGUCGGUCCACCUGAAUGGCAUACCCUCUAGUCAGGUGUCUUGCCCAACUGGGCUUCCUCAAGCGAGGCCCGGGCCACCAUACAUCAUUCUGGACUCUAGUAGCAAUAGACUGCGCCCUUCUCGCUAUUUUCCAACACACCCUUAUUUGAAGAGAUAGCUUAGUGCAAGCUAUAUAUACCUGGGGGGGUCUAGGCCUAUCCACACACUGAAUUGCCUAUUCACUCAAGACAACCCUGGUCACCUCAAUCGCUAGCCCAGACCCCAUCCACAAUCCGCGCAGAAUCUAUGAACUCUUCAUCGGGUACCUGGUCCCCCGCCGAGGUCGCCUAUCUCCUAUUCUACACUGCUCAUGGACUCACGCAUCAGUCUAUUGCUACACUAUUGGACCGGUAUGCAAAGAUGCCAUCAGGGAAGAAAGCACGAACAUUAGAUGCAGUUCGUAGCAAAGCUAAGGAACUGCGUUCUACGCUUGGUCUCAACGAUGGUCAGGGGAGGUGCGAUCCGGAGAAGGUACUAGAGUUCCUUUCCCGGUAUCUCACGCAGCAUGGGCUUGUGAGCCCAGACCCCGAUCGGGAGCUUACAGAGGAGGAGGCCGAGCUCAGGGUAGGUGUCAUAUUCUACUCUAUCGUAACGAUGUACUGA